AUAUUAAGUAGCCCGUUUUGACUAGAGUAUAGCUCGUAGCUGUGCUACCGCCCCUAGGGGCUUCUGGCUGCUGUUGCAACCCGACAGCCAUGUUUGCAAAGCUCACCGCCCUUGUGGGCGGUGGCUAUACGUUUCCUUAUGUAAUAGAGGAACCGUAUGAUAGCGCCUGGGGCCAGUGGACCCACUAUCGGGGAAAAUCGAAGGAAGACAACUCACCUGUCUCCAUCUUCAAGAUAAGCGCUACUGAUCCUAAUGAUCGAAAGCUCGUCUGUGCACGUAACGGCGUCAAGCGCCUCAAGAUGUUGCGCCAUCCCAAUAUCCUGGCUUUCAAGGAUAGCUCGGAGACGACUGAAAAGGGCGCGACUGCAAUUAUGCUGGUUACGGAGCCCGUCAAGCCCUUGAAGGAUGUCUUGAAGGAGCUGGAACUGGAGGGGCAGCACAGAGAUGAGUACUUUGCAAUGGGCAUGCUGCACAUCACCAACGCAGUGAGCUUCUUGAACAACGACUGCAAGUUGAUCCACGGCAACAUCUGCAUGGCCGCCGUAGUGGUAACGGCCUCCCUGGACUGGAAGCUGAGUGGGUUCGACCUGCUGAGCGAGCAUUCACUGCCACCCGACCAGCAGCUGCAGAACAGUGCAUGGAUGGUGGGCAACCAGUACAAGCCGGCCGAGUUGGCUCGCUCCGAGUGGGAGGUCAUCCGCCAGGGGCCCCCUUGGGCGGUGGACGCCUGGGGACUGGGCUGCCUCACACAGGAGGUCUUCAGCUGCACGGAGAUGAGCAGCGUGGAGAACCUGAGGCACACCGACCUGAUCCCCCCUGCGCUGCUCCAGGACUACCAGAAGCUGCUCAGCUCUGCUCCCGCCCGGCGCCUCAACCCCGCCAAAGUGGCUCAGUCCCGUUUCCUGAACAACCGGCUCGUGGAUGUGGUGGCCUUCAUGGAGAACAUUGCGGUCAAGGAUAGCGUGGAGAAGGAGUCCUUUUUCCGCCGGUUGCCCACCCUGCUGCCCGCCAUCCCGGCCGCUGUGGCGGUGGGCAAGCUGCUGCCGCUGCUGUCCUCCGCGCUCGAAUUCGGCGGUGCGCCCCCUCUGGCCGUGUCGUCUUUGAUGGUCAUUGGCGGCCACCUCAGUGGCGACGAGUUCAACAAGAGAGUGGUGCCCUGCCUGUCCAAGCUCUUCGCAUCCGCGGACCGGGGCCUUCGCCGGUCCCUGCUGGAGUCCAUGGACCAGUACGCCCAGCACCUGACCACCUCCGUCAUCGAGGAGCAGAUCUACCCGCAGCUGCAGACCGGCUUCACAGACACACACGCGUACAUCCGGGAGCUCACCCUCAAGUCCAUGUUGGUGCUGGCACCCAAGAUGGCCAAUAAGACUCUCGUGUCGUCGGUGCUGAAACACCUGUCCAAGCUGCAGGUGGAUGAGGAGCCCUCCAUCCGAGCCAACACCACCGUACUGCUGGGCAACAUGGCCUCCUACCUGGGGGACUCCACCUGCCGCAGGGUGCUGCCCAACGCCUUCACGCGGGCCCUCAAGGACGCCUUUCCGCCCGCCAGGAUAGCCGGCCUGCGGGCGCUGGCGGCCACCAAGCAGUACUACUCGCCGGAGGAUGCGGCGGUGCGGCUGCUGCCUGCGGUGUGUCCCCUGGCCAUGGACGCCAUCCCCGAGGUGCGCCAGGCGUCACUGCUGUGCAUGGACAGCUUCGUCAUGCUGCUCAAGGAGGAGGAGGAGCAGCGGAGGACCAGGGAGGCAGCAGCGGCGGAAAGCGCCGGCGCAAUGGGUGGCGCCGCCACUGGCGCCGGCACGGGGCCCGCCGCCGCCGGCACCGGCGGCGCAGCGUCGUAUUUUGUCGGCCAGGCGCCUGCGGUGCUCGGGGCUACGAGCAGCAUGCUGACGUGGGCGGUAUCGGGGCUGAUGAACACGGUGGGCGGAGCGACGCCCGCGGCACCGGGAGCUACGCCAGUACCGGCGGCGGCACCGGCACCGGCACCGGCGGCGACUGCCUCCGCCCUCAAACCUGUUAGUCCCGGGGGUUCAGCAGCGGCGCCGUCAGCAGCUCGGUCCGGGGCUACACCCUCAGCGACUGCGUCAGCAGCUGGUGGCGCUAAGGCCACGUCCGCUGGCGAUGGCUGGGACGAUGACGACGAGGCAUUCGAGGUAGGGAUUGACUUAACACGUGUGAAAUAG